UAGAAGGAAAAACAGCCUGUAAAGCCAAGCACUAGCAUAUAGUUGUUUUCAGAGGAAGAAAAGAGAGAGAGAGAGAGAGAGAAACAUGAUGGGUAUGUUCAAUUGAAACUGAACAAACAGAGACAACAAGAAGAAAGCAGAGAAAAGCCAAAUGCAAAAGCCUUGGUUUUUCAUAGCUCAGUGACUGACUCUACAAGGACACUUUCAAGAAUGGCGUGCUGAUGCCCAUCUGGUCUUCUACCCAACCUUGUGGUGAUUGAUGUGGAAUCCACCCACCAUUUUUGUUAAUAGAUGUCAUAAUUGUUUCUUUUCUGUUGGGUUUUUCAUCUUAAUUUACAAUGGUAAAUUUUUUUUUUUUCCCUCUAUGUAUACCAUUUUUCACUUUUAGGACAUAGGAUUCUUUGACAAGUACUUCCACAAAGGUUUGAGGUAUGUGAUUACUUUAACUCAUUGUGAUAGAUCCCAGCAUAUCUCAGUUUUGAUUGGUGUUUCUCUACCUAAGAGACAACAGCAGACAAGUCUUUUCCAUAUGGAACAGAUGAAAAUUUUCUUUUUCUCCAAACAGGUACGGUCUUUCUAUGUAGUAUUUUUCAAAGUAAUUUUUUAUUUUUAAAAAUAAAUUUUAUCCUAUACUGUAAUUGUUUUUCAUACUAAAAAGUAAAAACAGGUCUAAUAACUUUUCAGUAGAAGAUAGUUUUCUGAAAUUUUGUUUUGAAAGUAAGAUAUUUUCUAAGAAUGUGUUUUAAUUACUUUCCAUCUUUUUCACUUUUUUUUUUUAAUGCGUAAGGGGUAUUUUUAAAAAUAAUUAUACAAAUAUUAAGAGUAAUUGAAAAUGAAAUAUUAUGAAUAAAAAUUCUUUAAAAAAAAUAUUUGAAAACUCAAAAAAUUAAAUUAACAACAUUUCAAGUUUUUAAAUAAAUUUUUGUUUUAUAAAAUGUGAAAAAACUAUUUUUUGAAAUUGUUUUUAUUACAUGUUGCAUUUAAAACAUUGUCAAACAUUGUCAAACAUUGUAUGAAGUUUUGUCUAUAAGACAUUUUUUUUAUUAAUUUUUGUAAAAAAUAUCAAGUAUUCAAACUUUCGAUAAAAAAAAACCAAUUACGAUUUAGGUAAUUUUACUAGAUUUAUUUACUAUGCUCAACUUUUUCAUUAUAAUCCCUUAAUCUUUUAAAUAUUACCUUUUUUUAUAAACCAUUUAAGGGUAUGCUUGAUUCAAUAUAUUUUUUUAUUUGAUUUUAUUAUAAAUAAAAAAAAUAUAAAUGAAAUUAGAAUAAUAUAUAAAAAUAAUUUACUGUCUUUAAAAAAAAAUUCUUUUUUUUUUUUCUGCCCAAAAACAUAAUUUAGUAAAAGUUUUAGAAAGGGUUGCAAAUUGAGAAGGGUCAUUCUGUAAAGUAACGAAAAGGGGUUGGAGUGGCAUGUGGAGGAAUCAGUACCCAAAAAUUUAAAAAUAAAAAGAUAAAAAAAUAAAAAAUAAAAGUAGUAGAUCCAUAUGCGGGGCAAGUGGCGUAGUUGCAUGGCCCAUUCCCAAUAUAUUUGUCUCUUUCGCUUUGGACUCGAAUCUACGCACGCUCUCCAUUCACCCCACGCUCCUUUCCGGUUUCCGCCUCUAUUAAAUAAGAUGCUCCUCUUGGAAUAUUUUUUUCCAUUUUCUUUUUUUCUUUUUUUAUUCCCCUUUAAAAAAAUGGUGUGAUGUCAGCAAGUGUAUCCACGUCAUUUAAUUUUUUAAAAAUUUUAGUUUAAGUAGAUUGGAAUAUUUCCUUCAUUUUUUUUUACCUUGAAAUAUCUUUUACAAAAAUAUUUUGAAGUUUUAAUAGAAAAAUUAUAUGUAAUUAAGAUAGUAUGAUUAAUUUUUUUAAAUAAAAAAUCAACAAAAAGACUAAGACACGUGUGGAUGACAUCUUGUGAAUAACAUUCAAGGAAAUAAAUGGAGAAAAAAGAGAAGAAAAUCGUUUUUUUUCUUUCCUUUUUAACUUUAUUUUAUACUGAAAUUAAUAAUAAAAGUUUUAAAUUGUUAAUAAAUUAUUUAUGGGAAAAAUGUAAAGUAAAUAAAUUAUUUAGAUAUGAUUUUUUUUUAUAAAGAUUAAAUAAUAUAAUAUAUAUAAUUUUUUAACUUGAUUAUAAUUAGAUUUAAUUUUUUUAUUGAAACACCAAAGAUAAGGAAGAAAUGGAAUUCAAAUAGAAUUAAAUGUAUUUAUAAAUUAAACAAAUAUUAAAAGAAUAAAAAUAAUAAUAUUUUUAUAUAAAUAUAAUGAUUCAAUUAAAAUAUACUAUUUUUUAAAAUUGAUUAAAAAUUAAAGUAUAAAAAAGUUUUUAUUAACUAAAUUUUGAAAUAAGAUAAGUCUUUUAAAAAAAAAAUUCAAAAACCCUUUUUCUUUUAUUUAGGGUAAAAUCUUAAAAAAAAUCAUAUUGAAUUUCAAUCAUUGAAAAUUAAUUAAUUUAAUGAUUGAAAAAAUGGAAAAAAUGUAAAAUAUUAAUUUAAGUUUGAUGGACCAAAUGGAGGGUGGCUACCACGUCCUAUGAACCUUCCUUUAGUAAAUGGAAUUUUUGGUCUCAUCCUUGUCUUUUACAAGGAUGACGUGGAGAAAACUGAUUGGUGGUGGAGCAAAAAGCCCAAAGUUGCGGACCUCACAUGAUGAUCCCCUCGUGUGGACCGAAUCGCUGCGUUGUAUCGCAGAAGGGACGAGGACAAGCCGAACACGAAUCUCCACGACCAAAAGGCAUAAAUCAACGGUGAUUAGAUCGCAUCAUAUAAUAUAUGCAUCAACACAGAAACAUUCCCCAAAUGCCUCUCUCUUUCUCUCUCUAGUUUCUCUGUCUAUGAAUAUUCAGCAAACUUAACUCUUUAUCUUCCUUUUCCAUCCUCUCCUCCGUCGCUCUCUCUGGUUGCUCCAUCCUCUGUUUGGAGGACCUUGACCCACCUCCGCAGGCCCAGCUCAGGUGGCGUUGCCCAGAUCUUUGAUUUGUGGAGGAUGAUGAAGGGUUGUGCCAUGGAGCAGAGCAGUACGUACGCGGCCUGUGAGGAGAUGAUCAUGAUGAUGGGUUCCGUCUCCGUCGUUUGCCCCAAGCCUCGUCGCCUUGGCCUCUUCAACAACGACCACAUCCCACCCCGGAGAUGGCACAUGCAUCAUGAUGAUUCCAAGGAUGGGUCGGAGCUUCUUGACAUCAUUCUCGCCAAGGUAUUGUUCUGUUCCACUUCUCUUUUGUGGGUUCCGUUCAACGAUGAUGUCUCUAUUCUCACUACGAUUCUUCUUCUCAUUACAGGGAUCCGAAAGAUCGGGCCACCAGGUGGCUUCAUCUCCACCAUAUUUUUGUGGGUCACCGCCGAGCAGAGCUUCGAAUCCCGUAAUCCAAGACGCCCAAUUCGGGAACGAAAAGGUCACACCCUUCUCUCGGGCGCCGUCACCAGCCCGCAAACCCGCUGGAGGAGGAGGGGGAGGAGGAGGAGGUGGGGCCGGUGGUGUGAGAAUGAUGAAAUUCGGAUCCAAGCCGGCGGCGGUGAGGAUUGAAGGGUUCGACUGCCUGGGCAGAGAUGGGCAAAGCCGCAGCAUAUCAGCCGUGGCAUAGGCCCCCCUGAAACCAAAGUUUUGGAAAAUGCAGAGGAACUAAUGGUAGAAAUUAUGUGUAUGUAUAUACAGUUGAAUUGAAUUGGUUUUGAAGACAUAUAUAUAUAAUAUAAAUAUUUAUAUAUAUAUUUGUGGAAUAUUGAGUUGAUGAAAGAGAGAGAGGAGUGUUAAUUUUGAAGAAUAAGGAGAUAGGGAGGAAAGGGAGAGACUAAGAGGUCUUUCCCUUACUAGGGUUUUGAUUGGAGUCUGGUGGAGAGAGAAAGAGCCUGCCCUCUGUCUCUUUCUCUGUCUUUGUUGUGUGUGUCUGUAAUUUUACUCACUCUGGUCCUUCAUUGUAAUUGUAAUUUGAGGUGAAGGGGGAAGGAGAAUGGAGAUGAAGCUGGGUCUUCUUGUAAUUUUGCUACUUUAUUCCGGGGUCUUUUGGACCUUAAAUAAUUCUGUAAAGAAGCACGUGCUGUGCCUAUUGUAAAUAUUUUAUAUAUUUAUUUUAUUUUGGUGGGUGUUAGGUUAUUA